GCUUAUGGCUUGCCUCUUCCCCAGGCUCAAUCCCUUUCUCCGCCCUCUUAAGAGUGCAGCCUGCAAGCACACACCUGAUACACACAUCUUUUAAAAGGUCCAGCCUCAACCAGACUCGAAGAUGUGCGACCAAACGUUUUUGGCCAUCACGUUUGGCCCGUGUGAUAACUGCAGUCAAAACAAACCUCUGAUGAAUAUAUAUCUGAAGAAUGAGCCCAUCAACUACUGCUCUCUGUGUGUGGAGCUGAUGGCCUGUCAGGGACUGGCGAAGGGCGAAACCACCAACUCGCUGAAAGCGGAGUCUGAGUCUCUGAAAGCCAAAUUAGAGGAGGAGAGAGCCAAACUGCACGACGUCGAGCUGCAUCAAGUGGCGGAGAAGAUAGAGGCUUUGGGUCAGUUUGUCAUGAAGACCAGGAGAACCUUAAAAGGACAUGGGAAUAAAGUGCUGUGCAUGGACUGGUGCCGGGACAAGAGAAGAAUCGUCAGCUCCUCUCAGGAUGGAAAAGUCAUUGUGUGGGAUGCAUAUACAACCAAUAAGGAGCAUGCGGUCACUAUGCCCUGCACCUGGGUCAUGGCAUGUGCUUAUGCCCCUUCUGGCUGUGCUGUGGCUUGUGGUGGUUUGGAUAAUAAAUGCUCCGUCUAUCCUCUUUCUUUGGAUAAAAAUGAGAACUUGGCAGCUAAGAAGAAAUCUGUGGCCAUGCACACCAACUAUCUUUCUUCCUGCAGCUUCACCAACUCUGACAUGCAGAUUCUGACAUCAAGUGGUGAUGGGACAUGUGCAUUAUGGGAUGUCGAGAGUGGGCAGCUGCUGCAGAGUUUCCAUGGUCACUCGGCUGAUGUUCUUUCAUUGCACCUCGCACCCUCUGAAACAGGAAACACCUUUGUAUCAGGGGGCUGUGAUAAGAAGGCUAAUGUGUGGGACAUGCGCUCGGGACAGAAUGUUCAGUCCUUUGAAACGCAUGAGUCUGACAUCAACAGUGUGAAGUAUUACCCUAGCGGAGAUGCUUUUGCGACUGGAUCUGAUGAUGCUACUUGUCGUCUGUAUGACCUGCGAGCUGACCGUGAGGUUGCCAUCUACUCCAGAGACAGUAUCAUAUUUGGAGCCUCUAGUGUGGACUUCUCCCUCAGUGGUCGAUUGCUGUUUGCAGGAUAUAAUGACUACUCAAUUAACGUCUGGGAUGUCCUGAAAGGUACCAGAGUGGCAAUUCUCUUUGGCCAUGAAAAUCGGGUCAGCACUGUCAGAGUUUCUCCUGAUGGUACCGCGUUCUGCUCGGGAUCAUGGGACAACACUUUGCGAAUCUGGGCUUGAGAAGUUGUUCUGCAUCAGUGUAACAAGACAUAUUAACAAAACACACAGUGGACCUGUAGGGAUACUUAUUUAGAGUUUUUUAUUAUCUUAGCACAAUUAGAUGUCUCUUUUCCUUGGCUUUUCACCUAUAUAUAUAUAUAUAUAUAUAUAUAUAUAUAUAUAUAUAUAUAUAUAUAUAUAUAUAUAUAUAUAUGGUACACUAUUUGAAAAGGAUUGCUGUUCAGGUAGUAGUUUGUAAAAUAUUUUUUUAAUAAAAAACCUAAAUGUUUUAAUAUAAUCUAUACUUUUGUAGGUAUAUUUUAAUGACUUGAAGAGAGUUAAUUUUAGCACCUGUAAAUUUGGUCUAUAUAAAGCACAUAUAUCUAAAAAUCUGAAAUGUACUUUGAGUUUUGCCUGCACUAGAAUGUCAUACAUAUAGAUGAAUGUUUAAUGUAAGUUUUUUCUUUUUCAUAUCAAGUGUUAUACAGUUAUAUCAAAAUCAGCAGUUAGUAAUCACAGUUAGCUGAUUGCUUUGUUUGUCCAUAUCAGUAUUGUCCUGAAAAUAUACACUUUAUGUUUAAUUUUGUUUGGUGUCUCUAGUUGUAAAAUGUUGCCAAUGUAUUUAGGAGAAUUAAAAAUAAUUUCCCGUG